GGUCGGUCGAUUGCAACGCUCACAAACCAUGGUCAUCCUGCAGCCUGUCCUUGCGACUUGGAAACGGUAUUAAGAGAAACUGAGGGAAUUACACACAAGUGAAGAUCUACUCGAUUAGGCUACAUAAAUGGGGGAUUACGGCUUUCUGGUUAAAAACAAUGCUGCAAAUAAAUCCCUUUUUCCGGUAAGAAUUCAUCCACACCUGCAGCAUCCGGUUCAACACCAGACAGCACCUCCAAGCCCCCCGGCUUUCAUCGGCAACAACAACACUACCAAUGGUGGAAGUGUUGGGUCUGCUUGGGUUUUCCCAGCUGUGACGACCCACUCUAACAUGCAAGAUGAUCUUUUGGAGUCCGAGACGUCCAAGGCUCUGCAGCCUCAACAAGAGAGUCAAGAAGGACAAGACAAGCAGACGCUCUCUCCGCCAGGUCACCAGGAAGCACCAGGAAUCAUAUCCGAGUUGGACAACACCAUGCCAGAGGAGAACCAGCUGGAGAAAGGGACCAUGGAGAACGCUAACGGAAAAGAGGCGCUGCGGCUUGAAUCUCCAGUGUUGUCAGGGUUUGACUAUCAGGAGACGUCUGGUAUUGGUACUUUAGCACAGUCUAGUAGCUCUUCUUCGUCGUCCCUUACUGGCUUCAGCAGCUGGUCCACUGCUAUACCCCCCAACCCUUCCACCUUGAUCGAAGAGGUUGGCUUUUUCAAUCAGGCUGCUACUACUAACAAUGCUCCUCCUCCGCUGCUAUUUCAAAGUUUCUCUCAUCACACCAGUACAGGAUUUGGGGGGAACUUCUCCCACCAGAUAGGGCCUCUAUCUCAGCACCAUCCAUCUCCUCAUCCCCACUUCCAGCAUCCUCAUAAUCAGCACCGCAGGUCCUCAGCCAGCCCACAUCCACCUCCCUUCUCCCACCGCAGUGCUGCUUUCAACCAGAUGCCCCAUUUGGGGAAUAACCUAAGCAAGCCUGUUUCCCCUUGGGGUAGCUAUCAGAGCCCCUCGUCCACCCCAUCUUCUACUUCAUGGAGCCCAGGUGGAGGGUAUGGAGGCUGGGGAAGCUCUCAGGGACGGGAGUAUCGCCGAGGGCUGAACGGAGGGGUCAAUCCCCUUAACUCGAUCUCUCCUUUAAAGAAGUCUUUCCCAAAUAACCAGACUCCAACUCCGAAGUAUCCCCGCAACAACUCUGGCUUCAACACUAAACCCUGGAUGGAGGAUACCAUAAACCGCAACGAUAGCAUCUUUCCAUUUCAGGUAAUUGUGAUGGAUCAAAGCUCAGUUGAGUAA